UUGACUGAAGAAAACAAAAACACCCAAGAAGAUCAAACUAGCCCCAUAAAACACCCAAGAAGAAGAAGAAGAAGAAGAUCUAGCCCCAUAAAACACCCAAGAAGAAGAAGAAGAAGAAGAUCAAACUAGCCCCAUAAAACACCCAAGAAGAAGAAGAAGAAGAUCAAACUAGCCCCAUAAAACACCCAAGAAGAAGAAGAAGAAGAUCAAACUAGCCCCAUAAAACACCCAAGAAGAAGAUCCACGGAAAACUUGCCUCUUGUAAUAACUCCUUUAGACACAUCACUCAACACCUGAGACACAUCACUCAACACAAGAAUACAAGUUGUAGAGAGACGAGCAGCGCCCCAAAGCUGAAGGGGAAUCAACAAAGAAGAAGAAGAAGAAGACCUCCACCUCCUGGUCCACAUCCUUAGAGCAUGAGAAUGGCAGAAGCCAGCGCCAAGCAGCCCAAGAGAAGGCGUCGCCCCAGAUUUAACAAGGCUGAGCUGGUUGCCUUAGUAGAAGGGGUGGAGAAGAGGCAGGACAUCAUCAUGGUAAAGAAUGAUCACAAGUCUGGCGCAACAUCCCAGAAAGCGCAGGCUUGGCAGCAGGUUUGCGAUGCUGUCAACUGUGUUUCACGGCUGCCAAGGACAGUCGAUGAAAUUAGACGCAAAUUCAUUGACCUCAAAAAUCGUGUAAAAAGCAAAGCAUGUGAGGAAAUCCGGCAUACAGGUGGGGAUUCUCCAGUUGAGAUAAAGUUUAAUGACGCUGAACGAACACUCUUCAGGCUGAUGUCGUUAACAUCCCUUGCUGGCCUACCCCGUCCUGAUAAUGGGGGCUUGAGACUGAAUGGUUCUGCUGGCCCUGCUGAGCCCCCGACAAAUCCCGCAAUAGAUGAGGAGAUAGACCCUCUUUCCAUCACAUCAGAAGAAGCAGUUAUGUUCAUUGAGGAGGAGGAGCUCACACUACCCAUAACUCCUGCCAGUGAGAGUACCACCACAAGCGCUCGUAUACCAUCAGCGGCAGCUCCUCCCCCAGCAGCAACACCUCACGCCCCGUCUGCUGCACCGCCCCGCUCCUCAAGUUCAUUUAACCCAAACAGUCGGAGUGGUGGCAGGCAACCAGCUCACCCACCAGGUAUUCAUGAUCCCACGGCAGACUUUGAGGCAGCUUACCUGUCAACGCAGCGGGAAAUAAGGGAUCUGCUGGCCGAGCUGGUCCAGUCGCACCAGAGUGGUGUGGCAGCACAAAGAGAGGUUGCAGCAGCAGUAAGGGAAGGAGCAGCAGCCUUGCAAGAUCUUGCUAGAGCUCAGAAGGACCAAAAUGAAGCUAUUCUAGCACUCGCCAAGUGUUGUGUACCUCACCAAUAGUCUCCUGAGGGGCCGGGUGGAUGACCCCGCCUGUUAGCGAUGCAGGCAAGUUUAACCCCUUCACUCCGGCGGUGUCCAACGGGCGUCCGAUGGCAUCACUAUAUGGAAAGGGUUAGUCCUCUUCUAAACGUCUUAAUUCUCUUCCAUUUCCUCUUAAUCCUUUUCUAAGCCUCUUAAGAAGAAAUGGAAGAGGAUUAAGAGAAAUUUAGAGGAGGAUUGAGAGGCUUAGAAGAGGAUUAAUUCUCUUCCAUUUCCUCUUGAACCUUUCCAUACUGUGACACCGACGUCUGCGUCACGGAUGGAAAGGGUUAAGUGACUACCAUUUAGUAUGUGCACUUGACACUGGACGAUGGGGUAGAGGUGGUUGUGGCCCCGCUCUGCCCCCACACCUUGCCACUCACACUCAGCACCUCUCACUACCUCUCAUAUGUCAGCUAUUUCCUACCUUCACCGUGUAGCAGCGACGGGCCAAGUUUGUGGCUUUACCGUGUAGCAGUGACGGGCCAAAUUUGUGCCAUGAUAUAAACCCCCAAAAUAGAUGAUACAUAAUCUGAUCACAAAUACUUUAAUAUGUAGUAAUGAAAUGGUUUGUGUGAGGGGUGAUUUUUUUCUCAUUUUUCUCACUUAGAGGGACCAUUAAGAAACAUGGUCCCCGCUGCUACCGGGUUAAAUGAAUUUAAUUAAAUAAUUGGAUAAUCCAGUAAGGUCAUAUAGUGUUAAGAUUAUUUCGUCUCUAGGAUAACAAAGAUUUUGUAUAAAUACCCCGACACUUGACAGCGUUGGCGGUGGCUGAGUGGUAGCGUGCUGGGCCCACAUUCACCGCGUGAUGGACGACGCGAGUUCGAAUCCCCACGCUACCACCUGGGAUUUUUCAGUCACCGCCGAGUGGCUUAAAACUACCCACAUGCUGUCCUGAAGACCAACCAUCAACCCGGACUCUAGAGGAAACCGUCCAAGUGAAUCAAGGAGUAGUUUCAGGGGGGCAGCAUGAGCCAAGAGAAGAUGGCGCCACUAUAAACACUUGCCUGCGCCAUGACGGGCUGGGGCCAAAUACCAUCCAGGCCCCUCAAGCAAGCCUACCGGCAAUAUAGGCAUAGACGUAAAAAAAAAAUUAAAUAAAAAAUGUUGUGUCAGGGUAUUUAUACAAAAUCUUUAUCAUCCUAAAAACGAAACAAUGUUAGCACUAUAUAACCUAAUUGGAUUAUGCGAGUAUUUAAUUAUAUUCAUUUAAAGGUAGAAAACAGCUGACAUAUGAGAGGCAGCAAGAGGUAUUGAGAGUGUUUGGCAAGGUGCAGGUGUGAAACAGGGCCGCAACCACCCCUAUCCCAUCGUCCAGUUUCACAUGGGAAUAUUAUUGUACAGGUAACUCUCGAUUUACGCGAGUCUUGUGUCCUUGAAGAGGUCGCGUAAAUCAAAAACAAUGUAAAUCAAACAAGAGGUAGGUUUGUACCUUUAUUGCCUACUAUGUCACUCUGACUCCUCUCCCUCUCGUGGUUCCUCCUCUGGCUGCCCUUCCCCUCGUGGUAGCACAGCAGCGAGGGUGUUGUUGUUGUUGAGUAGCGUGGCAGCGUGGGUACUGUAUUGUUGUUCAAGUGGCGCGCGGGAAGAACUGAGCUCAGCUGUGUGGCCGUGUGAGUCCAGUUGCGUGAGACAUCUGGUGGCCACUCCAUAAAAUAUCGCGUAUAAGUGAAAAAACGUGUAAAUUAAACAUUUAUUUGGAUUUUGGACGCCGCGUUAUUUCAAAAAUGCAUAAACCAAACUCGCGUAAAUCGAGAGUUACCUGUAUAGGACCUAGUUGGCCAGUAGUGCCUACCUGGUGCUUCCACUUGACAUUGAAAUAGACACACUUGAAAUAACCCUUGCUGUGAACGUGUCUGUGUGUCGGAUGGUGAAGGCUUCCUAGCAAGGGCUAAUUCCUUUCCACUCAACAGGACCAGCUGAGUUCCGUGCAGCAUGCAAUUUCAAAGCUGUGGCCAAGUAAGUUUGUGGCUUUACCGUGUAGCAGCGACGGGCCAAGUUUGUGGCUUUACCGUGUAGCAGCGACGGGCCAAGUUUGUGGCUUUACCGUGUAGCAGCGACGGGCCAAGUUUGUGGCUUUACCGUGUAGCAGCGACGGGCCAAGUUUGUGGCUUUACCGUGUAGCAGCGACGGGCCAAGUUUGUGGCUUUACCGUGUAGCAGCGACGGGCCAAGUUUGUGGCUUUACCGUGUAGCAGCGACGGGCCAAGUUUGUGGCUUUACCGUGUAGCAGCGACGGGCCAAAUUUGUGCCAUGAUAUAAACCC